CUUCAGGGUUUUCAGCGGCCUCUACCGCUGCCUGUCGUCAGCGCAGCUUGAAAGCGGUGGGAAACAGAAACACUAUGGCUUCCAGUCUGUCUCUUACUCAGCUCUCCAGUGGAAACCCCAUCUAUGACAAAUACUAUCGUCAGGUUGAUCCGACUGGCAGCGGGCGAGUGGCAGCAGCUGAUGCAGCUCUGUUCCUAAAGAGGUCAGGUCUGGCUGACCUGGUCCUCGGGAAGAUCUGGGAUUUGGCUGACUCUGAACGAAAGGGAGCACUCAACAAGCAGCAAUUCUUCAUAGCCCUGCGGCUGGUGGCUUGUGCUCAGAAUGGCCUGGAGGUGGCGCUCAAGAGUCUUAAUGUGGCUGUUCCUCCCCCGAAAUUUCAUGACAGCAGCAGCCCACUGUUAGCAGGAGGAGGGGCUGCUGACCUUCCCUGGGUUGUCAAGCCUGAGGAGAAGAUGAAGUUCGAUUCCAUCUUUGACAGUCUCGGCCCAGUAGGAGGGAUGCUGUCGGGAGACAAGGUCAAGCCCGUCCUGCUUAACUCCAAAUUGCCGGUGGACAUCCUGGGCAGGAUCCGAGACAUGAGGAGGAAGUGUGAAGACUGAGCUGCAGGAUGCUGGGUAAUCAUUUCUCAUUACUUUGUUGCCCUUUCCCAGGCUAUGUAUCUGGUGUACAGAGCGCUAGAGGGGGAGCCUGUUCCCAUGUCCCUACCGCCUCCCCUGGUGCCACCCUCCAAGAGGAAAAAACCUUCGGUGCCUCCCGUGAUGCCCCUGUUACCCUCGCCCCCCUCUGUCAAAGACAGUCGCUCCUCCCACGCUGGCUCUAAGACUAUGCCCCACCCUCCUAAACCCACCCCAGCUCCUGCCCCUGUCCCAGCACCAGCAGCUGCCCCUUGGGUAGUAUCGCCAGCAGAGAAGGCGAAAUUCGACGAGCUGUUCAACAAGACGGACGGCGACAUGGACGGCUUGGUGUCUGGCCCUGAAGUCAGAGAUAUAUUCCUCAAGACCGGGCUGCCCUCCGCUACACUCGCACGGAUUUGGGAGCUCUGUGACAUUGGAGACAUAGGGAAACUGACGCGAGAGCAGUUCGCAUUGGCGCUUUAUCUAAUUAAUCUGAAACUGACCAAAGGCUUAGACCCUCCACAGAAUCUGUCCCCAGAGAUGAUUCCUCCGUCUGACAGACAAAACAUCAAACAGAACAACGCAGCUAACCUAGCAGCCGACUUCUCUGCCAUCAAGGAGCUGGACUCGCUGAGUAACGAGAUUGUUGAACUACAAAGGGAGAAGAGCUCUGUGGAGGAGGAGAUCAAGGAGAAGGAGGAGGCCAUCCGACAGCGCAGCACCGAAGUGCAGGACCUUCAAGAUGAGGUGGCAAAGGAAACCGAAGUAUUGCAGCAACUUCAGGCUCAGCGUCAGAAGGUUCAAGAUGCUUUAGAUGAGCUGGACCAACAGAAGGCCUCCCUGGAGGAGCAGCUCACUCACAUUCGACAGCAGACCAACCAGGAGACCCAACUUAUCUCAUCUCUGCAGUCAGAGCACGAGGAGCAGGAACAAAGGAUAUGUCAGUAUGAGGAGGAGCUGGUCCAGGCCCGAGAGGAGCUUUUGGCUCUGCAGGAGGAGAGCCGGAAACUUCAGGAGAAGGUCCAGGCUGCCCAGGAGCAGCUCACUCCUCUUCAGGAGUCUGUGCGUGACUCUUUCACACAAGUUGCACAGGUCCAACAGAAACUGAACGACCUUCAGGUGGAGGAGCGAUCGGUGACUGCUCAGCUCAGCUGGAAGAGAGCGCUUGAGGACAGCUCUCCCGUCAUGGUCAAUGGAUCAGCAGGCCCCGCUGCAGAGCUCCACCACGGGGACCUCUUCCAGAGGGACCUCUUCCAGGAGGACCUUAUUCACCGUAAUGCUCAGAGCGCCUCUCUGCGACAGGUUGCAUCACCAGAGCCGGAGAGCAAACAGGAGCCUGCAGAGCCGACAGAAACAACCACCUCCCCCUCGCCACCUCAGCCUGGCCCUCGCUCCUUGCCACCACAGGGCAGCCCUCCCUCCCUGCCUGACAUGGAUUUCUUCCAUUCAGACCCUUUUACCGACCACGAUCCUUUCAAAGAAGAUCCUUUUGGAAAAGCAGAUGUUGGAGAUCCUUUUGGAGGCGAUCCAUUCAAAGGCUCAGACCCCUUUGCUGCAGACACUUUCUUCACACAAACCUCCAGCACCCCGUUUUCCUCAGAGGACCCUUUCUCUGCUUCAGCCGACCCCUUUGGUACCACUUCUGGCGUGCCGGAGCCAGACCUCUUUGCAGCCAAGGUGAACGAUACAGCAGCCGCACCAGCGGGUCCGGAUCCUUUCGCCUCCAAAUCCACCAAUCCAGCGGCAGCAUCCAACGAUCCGUUCAGCUCUAAAGGGAACAACACAGCUGAUUCAGACCCGUUUGGAGGCAAAAUGACCGGCACAAAGGAGGCGGACCCGUUUGGUUCUCAAGAUGUGGACAAGGAUCCUUUUAGCAGCUCCCCGCCGAGCUCUGAUCUGGCCGUGUCAAAUGGUGCUGAGCAGUUUGGAGUCGACAGCAGGAACCUCUUCCAGGAAGAGAGCCAACCCGCCGGCUCUGAUGUGCCCCCAGCCCUGCCGCCAAAAACGGGUACGCCUACCAGACCUCCUCCUCCACCUCCAGGUAAGAAAUCAUCCAUCAAUCGAACGGAGUCCUCCGACUCCUUCCAUCGACGAGGAAACUUCAUGCCACAGACUUCAGGAGACUUCUCCUCCUCUUCCUCCUCCUCCUCUCUGCCUGCAAAGGAUCCUUUAGCCGACCCCUUCGCCCCCUCCUCCCCUCCUCGCCGCAACGCACGGGAAGCUGACGGAUUUGCCAGCUUUGACAAAUAUCCGACCGAGGAAGACAUGAUAGAGUGGGCAAAGCGCGAGAGCGAGCGAGAGGAAAAGGAGCGACUCGCCAGGCUCACCCAGCAGGAGCAAGAAGACCUGGAGCUGGCCAUCGCUCUCAGCAAGUCUGAACUCUCCUGAGGAGGCCCCGUUCCCUUCUACUGGUCUGGCUCGGCACGGCACAGCUUGGCCCGGCCCAGAAAGCACCAAAGCAAAGUGGGGAUUGUACAGGACUGAUUCAGCAUCACCUGCUGACCCCAUGAAGAGACUCAAAACUCAUCUCUAACUCGUUCAACCCCCCCCGACUGUCCAUCCUCUGUUGGUCUCCGUGGUUUUGAUAGAGGAGCGUAACGUGUUUUCUUUUUCUUUCCCCCUUUUUAGAACGAAGGCGCAAAAGAAAACUUGUUCUAGUGUUAACGUUGUUUUCCCUUCAUUUAAAAUCCGGGCAGCAAGCGCUGCAUUAAGUCCCCAGGAUGUAAUUUAUUGUAGCGUGCACUCGAAACCACUAAACAAACUCGCUACAUUUCAUUAAAUCUCAGCUCUCUUUCUGAUGAGAUUUUAAUAGACGUGCUCAUUUUCUAGAACUCAAGAAUUCCCCUAUUUUUCUUUUUUGGCUCUCGAUUCAACUUCUGAAACAACCACAGUGAACUGGGGAGAUUCUGUUUCUAUAACUCUGUAGGCCCUUUCUAACAGAGUGACCGUGUCCCACUCUCGUGCAGGGAAGAUGAUUUUUUGUCUUCAUUUAGAGUAGGUGAGGAUAUUUCAUCAUCUCUUCGUGUUUAACUGGAAGUUGCGGCUCCUGUAAGAUGUGAAAUGUGUACAAUGUGUAGAUUUAUACUAAAAUGGAACAAAUCUGCCACAGCUACCUUUUCCUUUGAGAUUUCAGUCCUACCUUGCUCACCGUAGCACCUGUGUCGUGAGCAUUAAAGCGUUGAUUUGUGUGUGUGUGUGUCGGGGGAGGUAAUAAGGAAUGAAACUACAGCCAUUACUUGGUUUGCAUUAACAACUAGGCCACACUACAGCAGGAUGCAGAACAGAAAGUACACGAUCUGUUUUUCUAACAUGCAAACUAAGUUUCUCUCAAGUACUUUAGGAUCUUUAAAUUGGUCUAAAAAUUUAAAUUCCUUGUGGCCCGACAUGAAAGAAUGUAACAAAACGCAAGGUUGUCAUAGAUGAAUGUAAGCGUGGAUCCUUAACUGAUCAUUAACUGUAUCAUUAAUCCUGAUUGAUCUCCUUUAGGGAAACUCUCAAGGGCUCCUCAGCAGCUUGAAUGCUGAGUGGAUAACUACAACUGUGCGGUUGUCGUGUUACCACGUGAACAUUUGGUCCCAUUUCACCGUGUGCCAGAGUCGGUGCUUCACUCGUUACCAUUUGUACGAUUUUUCUUUUCUUUUUUGGAAUCCAGGCGUCUUUCCCGCUCUGAGAGACUCCCUGGAUUUCAGAGUCUUACACAAACACGGUGAAAGUUAAGUGUUUCUCCUUUUUCGUUAGAGCGGUGUAUUUUCUGGUCGUGCACCUCGACAUCUGCAGGGAUUUAACUUGCAAAAGACCUCAGAUGUGCUGAGGAUGCACGCUCACGUUGCACUGUGUUAUCGGGCCUGUUGACAGCCACGCGGCGGCACAGGAAAGCUUUACUAAACGUGACAGAAGGUUUUCUGCUGAGGCUACGAUGAAGUGCGAGAGGCCUCUGCUCUCUCAUUACCUUAGCUCAUUUCUUAUCAAAUAAUGCACAAUGUUUUGGACAGCUCUUCCUGUUCUUACUUCUUUAAUGUUUAGCAAGAAGAUAGUUUCCUCUUCUCGUGUCUAACCAGUGUACUGUCUGUGGUUGAUGCAGUACUUCCUACUGAGAGCCCUCGCUCUCUUACAAUGAAGUUUAUUGUAAAUACGGGAGAGCGCAGCUGCAUGUCUGCUCUCCAGGUCUCUUGUUGUACUAGUUCCAUUGCUUCAUUGUCAUGUAUUCAAACAGGUUACUGUCCUUUUUAACAAUUCUGCACAUUUCUCAAAACCAGAACCACUUACUGUACGUUUCUAGGCUUAUCCAUAAAGCUUUUUAAGCUUCAGGCUAAUUGUAUUUUAUUUUCUACUUCCUAACUUGUAAGAAAAAUCAUUAUUGGAAGGCUUUGGCCAUGUAAUGCAUUUAAUUGAAACAGAAUAAAUAUUAAAAAUGUGUAGUUUUGCA